AUGAGAUGUACGUCUUUUCUCAUCUACCUGUAUAUUUUCGUAAUCUUAUUACAAUUAAUUAAUUCUGCGACGAAUUGUCCGUCCACGAAAUUAUCGAAUGAGAUAUUCUACGAAAUCUUCGAUUAUCUCGAUGGUUUCGAUAUUUUUCGAGCAUUUUAUGGUCUUAAUCAUCGUUUACAAAAACUUCUGAUUAAUCCAUUGUUGUCAAUGAAAUGUCAAUUAUCUUCACAAGUCGAAUUCAAUGUCCAUUAUCAAUGCUUUCUUGAAUCAUUCAAACGACAAGUGAUUUCAAUAGAAUUCAAUGAUAGUCAAGCUGUCGAUAAUUUCAUGCGAUGUUUUAUCUUCGAUUCAUCAUUUUCUCGUCUUCGAUCACUUACUUUCGAUUCGAUAUCAAUCAACACAUUGACCAUUCUUCUCUUCUAUAUCAAAUCGUUACCCUGCCUUUCAUUAUUAAGUAUCAAUCUUACAUAUUCUUCUAAUGAUCUUGGCUUUAUCUAUCAAAUGAUCUUUCAUCUACCAUUAAAAUUCCUUCAAAUUGUAAUACCUUAUACGCGAUUCUCACCCAUUCAUGUACAAAAUCCAACUAUGGUUCAUUUCUCAUCGAUUGAACGUCUAUUCAUUCAUCAUGAAUGCACCGUCAAUCAGCUGAUGAGCAUUCUUGUUCAUACACCAUGUCUUCGUCAUCUGGAUUGCUUCAAACUGUCCGGUGUAGGAUAUUCGAGUAAUGAACUAAACACUGUAAUGAAAUUGCGUUAUUUGACACGGUUCGGUGUUGGAUCAGUUGGUUUAAAGUUCGACGACUUGGAAAAUUUGUUAUUGUUAUUAUGCUUUCGAUUGAAAGAUUUAGCUUUGACAGUUCGUAAUGAAGAUACAAAGUAUUUAGAUGCUGAUCGAUGGAAAGAAUUGAUUUCAACCAAAAUGCCAUUGUUGAAAAAUUUCUACCUUCGUUAUUACCAUGUGAUUGGCAACUUUUUCAUGAUUGAUUCUUAUGAAAAGAUCAUUAAUCGUUUUACAUCACAGUUUUGGGUCGAUCAACAAUGGAUUCUGCACGUUUUAGUCAAGAAAAACAAGUUGGUGUAUUGUGUAACACCAGUUCGUCUGAUCGGUGAUUAUCAAGACGAUUUAUACACACAAGUUUUACAACAGUUACAUGUCGUCAGUCGAACUAGCGUUCAUCCGAUAUUUCAAAUGUUAUAUAUUACGUAUGUAAACAUGAAUUGUGGAGAUAUGAAUGUCAGCUUGAUGAUUAAUAUGUUAAAUAUUUUACCACACUUGAAAUCGAUGGAAAUCUCCGAUUCGUUAUUAUGCGAACCAAUGAGCUUGGAAGAAGAAGAUCAUAUGAUGUUGGUAAAUUAUCUGGCGAAGAAUAAGAUUAUGAAAAUAUCUCUUCGAAAUGUACAUGAUGAGAAACAAAUCGAUUUUAUUUGGAAACAUUUUCCUCGAAUACAGUACUUUCGAUUAGAUCGUGUACGACAAGCUAAUCUUCAGCCAAUGAUACACGAUUUGAUUUUGAAAGCGAACCAAAACAAGAUCUUAUAUCAGAUGACACUUUGUAUUAUUUGUGAUGAUGCUGAUUAUUAUCAAUUAGGAAAAUUACAUCAAAUGAUUAUGAAGAAAAAAUUCCUAAAGAACUGUAUUGUUCAUCGUCGAUAUGCUAGAUUUUAUAUUGAAUGGAUAUAG